UUUCAGAAUUACCAGAUAUUCAACCAACUUGGAAAUGGAGGCUUUGCUAAUGUUUAUAGAGGUCUAGCAAAUAAAACAGGUCAACCUGUAGCAAUUAAAUUGAUUGACAAGAAAAUUAUGAAAGAAAAGGGGAUGACUGAAAGAGUAAAAAAAGAGGUUGAAAUUCAUUCUAGAUUGAAACACUCUUCGAUAUUAGAGCUUUACAGUUAUUUUGAAGAUGCUGACUAUGUAUAUUUAGUACUGGAAAUUUGUGAAAAUGGUGAAUUGUACAAAUAUCUUCAAAAUAAUGGCAAGAUUUUGAGCGAAGAAAAGGCCAAAGAUUUCUUAUACCAAAUAGUACAGGGAUUGCUCUAUCUACAUUCACAUGGUAUAUUACACCGUGAUUUAAAACUAUCCAAUAUACUUAUUACUUCAGAUAAUAAAUUGAAAAUUGCUGAUUUUGGAUUAGCAACUCAAUUGUCUAUUGCUGGAGAAAAGAGAUAUACAAUGUGUGGAACUCCAAACUAUAUUUCACCUGAAGUUGUCACACGAUCUGCCCAUGGUUUAGAAGCUGAUGUAUGGUCUCUAGGGUGUAUGUUGUAUACAUUUCUAGUGGGGAAACCCCCUUUUGAUACCAAUACUAUAACCCAUACUUUGAAUAAAGUUGUCUCUGCAGAAUACAAAGUUCCUAAACAUUUAUCUUUAAAGGCCAGAGAUUUAAUUAGAUUGUUAUUGCAGAAAAUACCAAAAGACAGAAUUGCUCUUAAAGGUAAUUAG